UCUGCCAUGCCUGACGGCAUAGUUUUCUGAACCAGGUAUAGGUCUGCCGCUUGCACCGUCUUCCUUGAUUCGCCGCCGCUGCCUACCACGCAAAGAUGUAUCUGGUGAAGGACAUCAGCGGAGCCAUCGGCUUGAUGGCAGCGGCCCUGGUGCUCCUGGGCACCUGGCCGGUCGUCCUCGCCGUGCUGGAGCGCCGGGGACGCCUGCCGCAGCACACGUACCUCGACUACUCCAUCAGCAACUUCCUGGCCGCAGUGCUGGUCGCCUUCACUUUCGGCCAGAUCGGCGGAGACACGCCGGAGACACCCAAUUUCCUCACCCAGCUCACCCAGGAUAACUGGCCGUCGAUCAUGUUCGCCAUUGCGGGCGGCGUCUUCAUCACCCUCGGAACGCUGGCCACGCAAUACGGCUGGGCAUACGUCGGGCUUACGGUCACCGAGGUCAUGGCCUCAAGUCUGAAAGUUGUCAUAGGGACAACACUGAACUAUUUUCUCGACGGUCGGAUCAACAAGGCGGAGGUUCUCUUCCCCGGGGUCGGAUGCUUUCUGAUUGCAGCCUGCCUAGGCUCUCUUGUUCACUCUUCCAAUGCUGCUGACAACCAGGAGAAGCUAUCGAACUCCAGAAACUUUACUGGGAACACUGCAAAGGAAGAGCUUACCAGACACCUCCUUGAAGAAGAGGAACCAAAGGAUUGUGAAGAAGCAAAGCCGGAUGUACCAAGGGCCGUGGAGAAAAUUGAGGCAGGAACGGCAGAUUUCCUUAUUCAUCUCGAGGACAAAAGAUCAAUCAAAGUACUUGGAUCCAACACGAUGGUUGGCCUGGGGAUCGUCACCUUCGCGGGCGUGUGCUACUCGCUGUUCGCGCCGGCGUUUAACCUGGCGACGAACGACCAGUGGCACACGCUGCGCGACGGCGUGCCGCACCUGGUGGUGUACACGGCAUUCUUCUACUUCUCGCUCUCUUCCUUCGUCGUCGGCUUGGCGCUCAACGCCUGGUUCCUGUACCGCCCCAUGGCCGGCGUGCCCCGGUCCUCGCUCCGGGCGUACAUCAGCGACUGGGAGGGGAGGGAGCUAGCUCUGCUUGCCGGAAUGGUGUCCGGGCUGGGCAACGCGUUCACGUUCAUGGCCGGGCAGGCGGCCGGGUACGCGGCGGCGGACUCGGUGCAGGCGCUGCCGCUGGUGAGCACGUUCUGGGGGGUGGUGCUAUUCGGGGAGUACCGGAGGUCGUCGAGGAGGACGUACACGCUGCUGGCGAGCAUGCUGUUCAUGUUCGUCGUCGCCAUGGCCGUGCUCAUGGCCUCCUCCGCGCACAGGAAGCCGCUCUGACAGUGUCAUGGCCCGG